AUGGGCAAAGAAACCGGUUACGUCGUGGAAGAGAAGGCGCCAGCCUACGGCUCGGGCGACGAAGAAGCUUCGAUCAACGGUGUGAUUGAGAAUGUCGACGGUCUGGCUCGUCAGCUCUCCAAUCGUCAGAUUCAAUGGAUGACCUUGGGUGGUGCUAUCGGGACAGCUCUGUUCGUAUCGAUAGGCUGGGGUCUCAUUGGCGGUGGACCAGGUUCUCUACUCAUUGCCUUCACUUUCUACUCCUUAGUCAUCGCUGCUGUCAACAAUUGUAUCGCCGAGAUGACCACUUUCAUGCCUGUCUCCAGUUCUUUCAUCAAGUUUGCUAGCAUGUACGUCGACGAUGCAUUCGGAUUCAUGGCCGGGUGGAACUUCUUCCUAUACGAGGCUAUCCUUAUCCCAUUCGAGAUCUCGGCACUCAAUUUGGUGCUAACGUAUUGGAGAGACGAUAUCCCGUUAGCUGCAGUCUGCGCGGUCGUCAUUCUCCUGUACGCCAUCUUCAACGUCUUCGUUGUCAAGUGGUAUGGCGAAGCGGAAUUCUGGCUCGCUUCCGGCAAACUUAUCCUCAUUGUCAUGCUAUUUUGUUUCACAUUCGUCACAAUGUGCGGAGGCAACCCCAAGCACGAUGCGUACGGUUUCAGGUACUGGCGUGAGCCCGGUGCUUUUGCUGAAAGCGUUACGACUGGCCCUCUUGGAAAAUUCGAGGGAUUCCUAUCCUCGCUCUUUACUGCGGCAUGGACCGUCUUUGGUCCAGAGUAUAUCUCCAUGGUCGCUGGUGAGGCUGUGUCUCCUCGCACUACCAUCAAACAGGCCUUCAAGACUGUUUACUGGCGCUUCGGUGUCUUUUUCAUCGUCGGUGCUCUCUGUGUCGGUAUCGUGGUUCCGUACAACGACAAGACUCUCACACAUGUCCUCAGCACAUCAGGUAGCGGCACUGGCGCAGCCUCACCUUACAUCAUUGCUAUGCAGAACAUGGGCAUCAAGUUCCUACCCGACCUCACCAACGCUCUUCUUGUCACCUCUAUCUUCUCUGCCGGAAACGCCUAUACAUUCUGUGCUUCUCGCUCUCUCCAUGGUCUUGCAGUUCAAGGUCAGGCGCCAAAGUUCUUGCGCAAGACCACUCGUCGUGGUGUACCCAUCUACUGCUUCUUGAUCACCAUGAUCUUCCCGUUCCUCUCCUUCCUCUCUGUAUCCGACGGAUCCGCUCAGGCUAUAAAGUGGCUCGUCAACCUUGUCACCGCCUCGCAAGUGCUCAACUAUGUGAUCAUGUCCAUCACUUACAUCUGCUUCUACCGCGCGAUGAAGGCACAGGGCUUCGAUCGUAAUGCGCUCCCCUACAAGGGCUGGUUCCAGCCAUACUGCGCCUGGAUUGCGCUCUUCUUUACCACCAUCAUUGUUUGCAUCCAGGGAUAUACUGUAUUCCUGCCCAGCAAGACUGGUUUCGUUGUCGGCACCUUCUUCACCUAUUACACAAUGAUAUUUGUCUGCAUUCUCCUCUUUGUCGGGUGGAAGGUCGUCAAGAGGACUAAGUUCGUCAGGCCCGAGGAGGCAGAUCUUGUUGGUGAGAGGCCAUCCAUCGACAAAUAUGAGGCGAUGACUACGCCGCCAUUGGGUCUGUGGGAGGAUAUUGCCAAGAGCCUGCGAUUGAGGAAGUAA